AGAAAUCCCUCUUUCACUCUCUCUCGUUCGAAGCUCUCGCUGCCCUGGAAAAAAUUCCAUAAAGUACCUGGAAAUCUCAACGAUAAACACUGCAAAUUUGAAAGAGACUGCAUUCGAAAGAGAAGGAUUCAAUACCUGGAAAUCUCAUUGCGUUUUAAGGUUAAAUGGCUAGUGAUCAAGAAAACUCACAAGAUGCAAAUGCUCCUGAUGAUACUUCAGAAAAAGAAAUUACACGAGGCAUCACUAUUAUGAAGAGUAUCAUUCGUGAUAGAGAUAAAGCAGUAACAUAUAAUGUAAAUUGGAAUGCUGAUAACCAACUAAUUGGGUCUAAUGCUGCAAAGUUGGCAAGCUACAUUGGUACACUUGUUCGUAUGCACAUUCCAAUCACUGCUACAAGAUGGAGUAAUAAAGAGUUGGGUAGCGCUAAAGAUAAGAUUUGGACUGAGAUACUGAGGUCUUUUAACAUUGAAGAUACAACUAUCCGAAAAAAGUAUAUACUUCAAUUGGCCGGAAAAAGACACAGAGGGUGGAGAACGUUUUUAACAAACAAGUAUCUUAAGGACAAAGAAAUUUUUUUUGUUGAAUAUGAUCCGGAAUAUCCAGUGAAGUAUGCGAUCUUCAUUACAGAAGAAGAAUGGGUUGCUUUUGUAGCCCAAAGAAGAGACGAAAAUUUCAAGAAAGUGAGUGCCACAAAUCGCGAGAGAGCGUCAAAUCCCACGUAUGCAUACAAAAAAGGGCGUUUGGGAUAUGCACGCUUAGAGGAAAAAAUUUUAGACGAGACGAAAAGUGACGCAACAUCACUUCCGCCACAUGUUUUGUGGAAAGAAGCUCGUGUGGGAAAGGAUGGAACUGUUAGGGAUGACGUUCAACAUAUUUAUGAUGAAUGUGAGACCCUAUCUCAAUCGAUAAGCACAGCUGAGGACCAGGAGAACAGGAGCGUACUUAGUAGAGCACUAAAUGUUCCUGAGUAUCCCGGUCGGGUGAGGGGUAAAGGGCAUGGUUGUACUCCAACUUCCUUGUAUAAGAAUCCAAGGAGAAGAAAUCCUAGCAAUCAAGAAGUGAUGGAGACGUUGCAGGCAUUACAAGCGCAAGUUCUUCAAUUGCAAAAGGAUAAUGAGAGAUAUAGGUGUAUGGAAAAGUGCAGUUCACAGUUGAAAGAAACUAGUGAGAAAGCCAGUAUCAAUUGUCAAAAUAAAUUUCCCGAGGGCAUUUCAUCUUGUCAGCUAUACUUAUCGUCACCGACUUAUCGCCUAGUUGGCAAGGGAAAAGUGCACAACACUUCGGGAGAUUUACUUCACCAUAGACCGCUCCCGGAUGGACACCUUAAAGUAUCGGUUGAUGUUGUAUUAGAUAAGGAUGCGUUGCUACCGAUACCUGACAUUGUUUCAGAGACAACAUUGCUGCGAGAUGCAAUAGGAUCAUUUGUUGCAUGGCCCUUGGAUCUCAUUUUCAUUGAUGAUGAGACGCCUACAAAACCCGCAUCUAAGGAUAAAGGGAUUUUGCGGCACAACGAGUCUGUUGCAUCACAAAAAGAGGUAUUUGCUCAAGGGUCACAACAACUGAGCCAGAAAAUUGGUAGUCGACAGAAAAACAAAAGGGAUCUUCCAGUGACUUAUUUGCCAAAAAAAGGUGCUUUUGUGCCUCGAUACCAGAUAUCUCUUGAAACACUUGUUGACUCAUCAGAUAUGGCAACAGCUGGUGCUAUUCGCUUACUGGAUAUGGAGGAAGAUAUCUUUGGUUAUUCAUGCACUGAAACAAUCGGAAAAGAAGAUCUGGAACAUAUUUUUCGGCAUCAAGAAUUAGGCGUCGGUGUUAUACACACAUACAUCCGGUUCUUGUAUGACAAUUUCAUGCGCGGGAAUGAUCAAUUGUCAAACAGAUUCCGUUUCGUGUCUUCCUCCCUGGUCAACAAAGCAUUAAUUUGUAGGGAACCGGAUUCAUGUAGAGAGUACUUAGUCAAGAGAUUCAUGGCCAGCAGUACAAACAACUUGUAUCUUUGGCCGUAUAAUUCAGGGUGUCACUGGUUGUUGCUUGCUAUUGAUCCUUUAAAAGAAGUGGUAUAUUUUCUGAAUUCGAUAGAUGGUGAAUGGACAAAUUAUCCGGAUAUGAAGCAAUUAGUUGAUACAUCAAUAAAAGUGUUCCGAUCUCAAAGACAAGCUCGAGUACCACGUACUAAAUCCAGCAACAUUACGUGGAUAAAAGUGCAGGUACUUUAAUUUUCACAAUUUUGCUUAUAAUAGUGAUGCUACUUGAUAAGAAAAGAUAACUAUACAUUCUUAUUUUUUUUUCUAUGUAGUGUCCUCUACAGCGCAACGGUAUCGAUUGCGGAUACUUUGUAAUGAGGUUUAUGAGGGAAAUCAUUAAUAUGAAUCAAAUAGAGAUUCCAAUCACGUACUUUGAUGAAUACAAGUGUGCUCAUUACACGAGACUGCAGUUGGAACAAAUCAAGGAGGAAUUGUGUCAAUAUUUUAUUGAGAAAAGAUUAAUUAGUAUAUAAUGGUUUCAAAAUAACAUGAAUACUUUGAUGAAGAAUGGUUUCUGGUUGGCAAGUGUAUAGUUCUUUAUAUUUUUAACAGAUUAGUUAUGACUCCAAAUAGGCCGUAUAACAUAUUAGUUUUGACUUGUGUAUAGUUCUUUAUAAUUUUAGUG